UUUUUACCUUUGUUUAUGUGUUUACUUUUGCAAUAUAUAAAAAUGAGCAUUAAAACAAAGUAAACCUUACGUCCCUCUUCGGGGUUCAUCGCCAAUGAAUGAAGUUCUCCUCUAGGGUGGAGCAGCACUGGGGUGUUCCAUAUGCCAGUCAGUUUUUUUUUUUGUUUUUUUUUCCACUUACUGGCACUUCAGGUUUCACGUAGAUAUCAACAUAGGGUCAUAUUACCCUUCUUUGUGUCCUUUUUUCCAUUUGAUCAGGGAGUACGCUUUUUAAACAAACAUACAUCUCAUCGUCUUUUAUUAAUUUAAUAAUAUGGUGUGUCUUCCGCCUAUGGCACCAGUUCACUCUGAUUCCAAGUGUAAGCUCUUGUUUAGGACACCGUGUUUAAUUGCUUUGUCAGUAUGACGCCAAAGCGUUUAAGAUAAUAAGCUGCAAAGUAGCAGCUAAAGCGUGCACUGUUAGCAUGUCCUGCACCUGUUAGCCUAUAUUUAACGCCCUUAGGUAUAUAUUUAUUUAUAUAGUCAUUUAUUUUUUUCAAAAGAAUUUAACUGGAACGGGCGGCGCCUUCAUGGCAUAACGUCAAAAGUUUCACUGGCUCUCUCGUUUUUUGCGCACAGGUCAAUGUACGGUGUUUAUUGUCUGUGCAGGUGCGCGGCAGGCUUAUCCUGUACCUCAGUCUUGCUGGUAUAAACACAUACUUCUGUUACUUAUGUGGAGGAUGACUUUUAUUUGAGCUUUUUUGUUGGGCUGUUUGAUCACGUCACAAGGUUGACAGCUUCACACCAAAUCAGAUUGCUCCACUGAAGAGAAACGUAAGGCGUCACUGAGAGUUGAUUUAGAUUAGGACUCACCUCCCUCAGACUGCUCAGUGCUAUUUAAAGGUCUGGGAGGCUUUAAUGAAUACACGUCCCUCUGCACGAUGAACACCAUUAUUCCUUGCCAAGACCAGUACUUCGCAGGAGGCCUGGGCUAUGGUUAUGGCGGCCCCUAUUCGAUUACAACGUCAGCGGCCAGUGUUGACGUUUCCACGGAGACUCUGGUAUCUUUUUGGGCCGCUGGUCUCCGGGACAACUCCGCCUGCCAGCGUGAACCACAGCAACAGGACUAUUACCAGGUGGACGCGGGUCACCCGGAAUGCUUUGGAUGGACUGACCAUUUAUCUCCGCAGUUACAGAGAAACAAGCAGCUGCAGGACACACUACUUCUGAGAGAAGAAGAACUGGCAAGGCUGCAUGAUGAAAACAACAAGCUAAAAGAAUACCUGAACUCUACCUUAGUAAAAUGUUUGGAGGAAAAGGCCAAGCUGUUCCAUGGUGUCAACACAGAUGAUGUGAAAGUGAGGAAUAGAAAACGGAGACUACGAGAUGAAGCUCUUCAUAACUUUACUGCCAGUCAGCUUCUGCCAGGAAGCUGCCAGAAGAAGACCAGAAGAAAUCUUUCCUUGGAGUUUUGCACUGCUGAGGAAGUGGCAAACACUCCACCAGUGGAUUCUUGGGUGCUUCAGACAUUGGGUCUAAAAGACCUGAAUACCAUUGAUGAAUCAGCUAACUACAGUGCCAUUUCCAGCAAUCUCCUUCCUCCAUUAGAGGAAAAGAAUGUAUUUCCCACUGCUAGACCAAUGGACUAUAAUGACAGUAACAGUGUCACACCAGCAAUGGGCUUUUGUCCUGACCGUGUAGCUAAUGAGAAUUUCACUGCCGUGACUUUACCAUUGAAUUCCAGUUGCUGUCACCAACCUGCUUCUUCGCAGGGCCUUCCUUCUCCUUUGACUGAUUCAGCCGCGUCUUCACCUUUUAAGUCCCCAUACAGCCCUGAAGUGACAAGAAGCAAACCGGACGUUGCCUUUACGAUGUCUCUCAAUCCGCACCGGAAUGUUAAAACACACAGCUUCGAUCAAGGACAAGCGUUUGUGCGCAGAGAUGAGAAUGGAGGAUGGAAGUUUACAUGGGUCCCAAAACAGUCUGACUAAGUACACUGCCACUUGAGGACUCUAUUUUACACUGUUUACAAAGUAGUAUGUAGAAACUGAAGGAUUAGCCUUCUGGUUGCCUGAAUUACAGUACUGUAAUCCCUGCCACAGUACUUUUCCUUCAGCAUGGUAAUACAUACUGCUCUUUAAUGCCACUCUUCAACGUUAUUUAAUUUUACUGAGUCUUCCAACAUGUGAAUAUGGAAGGAUGCACAAGAAGGAAAAUGAUAGACAGUCUGUUUUAAACCCUGUGUGACUGAUGGACUUUAAAUUAGAUGAGCAGUUAUUUCUGACUGUUCUUGAUGAAGUCUUUGCUGAGCAAGGCUAUGUGCUUCCUAUUUAAUUAUUACUAUGCCAACCUUGUGAAACAAGUAGUCCAGACCAAGGAGCACAAUCAAUGAAGGAAAGCCACAAGUGUGGUUCUUGAGCAGUGCACAGAAGAGGUUUUAUACUGUUAGACAUUGAGGAAGUUUAUAGUAUUAGUACAUUGUGUUUUUACAUUCCCAGUUUAAAUAACUGACUAUGCCAGGCACGUCGCACCUGCCAUCUUGGACUGUUAUUUUGCUGGUAGUGCACUCUGUAUAAGGCUAAUAAAUGCACUUGAAUUUUAUCAGUUGUGUAAAAAGUAUAGUGAUCGUGUUUAUAGCUGCAAAUUUUUCUUUCUUUUCCUGAACUUAAAAGUGUAUUGGUAAUUGAAGAACAUAAAUGUCAUACUGAACUGGUUUGAAGUUUCAGUCUAAGUAUUCAAAUAGAAUAGUAGCUGCAUUAUCACCUUGAUUACAUGUAUUUCAGCUAAACCCAAGAUAUCCAUACUGUAUGUAAUGCAGGAGAUGGGCCUUCGCAUUCUGACUGAAAAGCUUACUAUUGUUAAGCUCGAAGAUGUCAAAAAGGUGUUGUAAUCAGUGCGCAAGUAAAGCUCCAUACACAUUUCUAUCUGUACUUCAAACAAAUAAUAUCUCUAGAAUUUGCGAAAAAAAUAAGUUGACACUGAUAUUAAUACAUGGUGUAAAAAGAAAUUAACUCACACAAAGCUGAAUUAACUGAAAAUAUAAUUUAAACGAUCUUAAUGAAGGAUUUAUUAGCAUUUAGGAGCAGCCAUACAGCAUGCUGCUGUGCAAUGAUAAAACACUUAUCUGUAUCAGUCCUAAAGAAUGGAGAGGAAAAGGUAACAGUGAGCCAUGAAAAUAAUAAUUAGCUUCUGGCACUGAGAUUUGCAGGUGUAAAGAGAAAGUGUUUACUGCCUUAUAGAUAAGGAACAUCUGCCUACUUGUCUGUACAUUAAAUGAAGAGCAGUUUGCAAAGAGCAUUCCAGCUGCUAUAAAAAUGUUCCUUAUUUCAUAUGCUGCUGUUGAAAUAAUACUUCAACAUUUUUUGUCUUUUGACUCUAAAUCUUUUUUGUGUGAUCACAGUAACAUGCAAUAUAAUUUAAUUUUUUCGAUAACCUUAUUUCACCCUUUGUAAUAUAUUCUAAUUUUAUGUAAAAAGAGAUUAAUUUUUUUGUAUUUCAUGAGCCUUAAAGAGUAUAGAUUGUUUAAAAUGUUUUAUUUGUAUUAUUAUUAUUAUUAAUGUACAAUAAUUAAAACUGCCUAACAGAA